AUAACAUUUUGGUCCGGCUCCGGCGUAUUGGCAGCUUGAGCCUCAGUCUCUUGCGCGUGAUCGGUAAAAACAAAUCGGCGGACCGAAAGGUGAUGAGGAUAUUUCCAACGUCAUCGUUACUGUGUCGUUGUGAUUGUGUUGUUGUUGUUGUUGUUGUUGCUGCUGCUGCUGCGCGCCGUCGCUGUCGCCGCGCUGUUAUCUUAGCUCGUUGUAAAUUUGCGCAGUACACAGCAAAAAGAGUGCGACAAGAGAGAUAGAGGCGCAGAAAAGACUGUAAAGUAAAAUAUAAAAUAUACGGUUUUUGUAUUUGUGUUUGUGUACCAGCCUCAGCAUCCCGCCAUUGUUGCUGAUAUAUAAAUGUACAUAGCUUGUGUUACUGUUGUUGUUGUUCCUUACAUUGUGCAUCGCGUGUAACUGUAAAAACUGUGCCGCUGCCGCUCGCCGCCGCCCCCACCAGCACCACUGCCUGUCCAUUCGAGCGAACGCCCGCCCGCCCGCAUCGCAUCAAUUGCACUAAUUUCUUCAAUAAGCACACAAGCGCUCAUAGUUUGGAUUAGCAAAGAUGCCUUACCAGCCAGCGGGCAACAGUGGGAGCACCACAGUCAGCAAAAUGUCGCAGCUGAAAUUCUGGAACAAGCAGAACAGCAAUAAACAGCAGGAGAAACAGUUGCAGCAGGAUGGCAUUGAUGGCUCCAAUGAUGGCAUCAGCAAUGGCAACAACAGCACUAACGGCAACAAUAAUGGCAACAGUGGCAGCAGCAGCGGCAACAGCAGCAGCGGCAAAGACACAAAGAAUGGCAAACGCAAUUGGCUGCAUACGCCGGAGCAGCUCAUCAACGGCCAUGCAGUCUAUCUAGUCAAGUUCUUUGGUAAUCUGUGCGUGGAUCAGCCCAAGGGCAUUGAGGUGGUGAAGGAAGCUAUACGCAAGCUGCAGUUUGCACAGCAAAUGAAAAAAGCUGAAACGGGCACACAGGAGAAAUACAAGAAACUAGAGAUUACCAUUAGCAUCAAGGGUGUUGCGAUUCAGGAGCCGCGCACGCAUCAAAUUCUACAUCAAUUUCCAUUGUACAACAUUUCGUAUUGUGCGGACGAGAAGGGUGUGAAGAAGUUCUUCAGUUUUAUAGCCAAAACGGUUAAGAAUAAGGAUAGCCUGGAUAGCAAUGGCUACAAUAGCAGCAAUGGCUCCACCAAGUCAGAGGAAACACACGAAUGUUUUGUUUUCAUAUCCAACAAACUGGCCUCGGACAUAACGUUAACCAUUGGCCAGGCCUUUGAUUUGGCUUACAGAAAAUAUAUGGACAGCAAUGAGAAGACGAAUCUUAACAAGGCGCAGCAGCAAAUUGAGCAUUUGCAGCAGACUAUUGCCAUCUACAAGGAGCGACUGCGUGAGCUGUCCAAUAAAUUGCCAAAGGCCGAGCUGGAUGCCAUGCUAUUUAAACUGGGCAUUAAAGAUAUAACUGAAGCGCCCAGCAAUGAGCUAAAUGGCAACGCCACGUUGAGCAAUGGCAAGCUGGAUGAUGAUAAGCUGCUUAUCGAUACCAACUCGAGCUCCGCAUCAACGCACUCGGUCUCGCCCAGCUCGUUCUUGCCCAUUGUGCCGCCGCGCAAUUUGUCCAGCCAGAUGAGCAGCAGCAGCAGCGGUGGCGGCGGUGGCGGCGGCAAGAGCAACAGUCAGAAAAUGGAUGAGCUGCUGUUGAACUCGGAUUCGGACAGUGAUUUCGAUCCGCGUGCUGAUGAGAUACAGGAUAAUCUAAGCAAUGGACGUCAUGCCAUUAGCAAUGAUCUGUUUGGCUUUGAGCCCAACAAAAGCUUUGGCCAGCAGCUGUUCAUCAACAACAAUGAUCACAAGCUGCAGAACAACAACAACAACAACAACAGCAGCUUGAGCAACAACAAUAAUAAUAAUAACAUGAGCAUUAACAGCAGCGGCUUCUCCAGCGAGCUGAACAUAACGCCGCCUUUAUUGGCGCCGCCGCCAAAGAUUGCCGCACCACGUCGCAGCACUUCGGUCACUGGCAGCGGCAUUACGGGCCUCAAUGGCAAUACGGAUCUGUUUGGCUCCGAUCCGUUUGAAAUGAACAAUGGUCCCAGCGUCUUUAAGCCUCAGCUAAACAUUGAUGACUUCUCGCUGGAGAGCUUGGAUCCCUUGCGCAAAUAAGUCAUUUAUAAUUCAAGGCGGGUGCUAAACUAAAGCCAUUGUCUGUUAUUAUACGAUUAUGCAAAAAAAAAUCUGUAUCUUAGUUGAUUCCGCUAAUUUGCCUGCUUCGAUUUUGUGGCCGCAAUUUAUAAAUAUUGUCUGUGUAUUGUGUAUUAUUGUUUAUAUAAUUUUAU